CUGCCCGCUUACAGGGGAUCCUCCGGCAGACAGCAUGGCCAGCGCAACGCCGCUGGUGAAUCGAAGCAAUUCUCGCCGAAGCCAUGGAGGCUCGGUGGAACGUCGUCUGGCCAGCCCAAGAGGCAGUCCAAGAGGUAGCCCAGCCCGCCCACGAAGGCUUGGGCUCGGGACGAAACGAAGGACUCCCAAACUCGACCAAGUUGGCUGCCGCAGAUUCUCAUCACCGCAAUUAGAUUCGGUCAAAGCGAAACGGACGAUGGCAGCCGGGCCAUCGAUGCUGGGUCGCCCGCGGAAGUUGGAUACCAUGGGCGUUCGUCUGCGGAUGAAACCAGCCAACCGACAGCCCCGCGCACAUCAUCGGGGCAGCCGAACUGGCGGGUCGAUUCUCAACGAGCUGAUGGCCUGCAGAAGCGUUGUCAUCAAGCUGGAGAGCCCCAAGAAGCACAUCAAAGUGGAGCCCACGGUUGACGACAUCAAGGUGAAAGAGGAGCCCAAGUUUUAUGGUGUCAAGGUCAAGGAGGAACCCAUGUACAUCACCCGCGUCGUCAAGGAAGAGCCCAUGUGCAUCACCGCCAUGGUCAAGGAAGAGCCUGUGCAUACUGUCGCCGUUGCCAAGGAAGAUCAAGUGAGCAGCGUCGCCAUUGUCAAAGAGGAGCCCAAGUUCAGUGGAUAUCCCGAAGUCAAGGUGGAGAUCCGAUUCAGACCAGAUGGCAAGCCCAAGCAGGAGCCGGCGCUGAAGAAGCCGAUGGACAACACGAAGAGUCUGCCGGCUCUGGAUGUAAAGGCAUGGCCGGGCCAGCUCCGGAAGAGCCCGACACGAGCGUUCCGAGACCGCAUGAACACCGGGUACCAGCGCGGACUACGGCACUUUGGGGUGGCACGGCCGCAGCUUGUCCACGAAGGCAGCAGGUCGGUCGGGCGAAGACUUGGCGGACAACGCCGACGAGAACGCCGGAUGGCCGAGCUUCGGAUGAUGCGGUGGCGAGUGCAGCUGAUGAGCGAGAUCGAAUCUCCUGGAUGGGCCGGCAAGGCAGGAUGCAAAUAGACGUGGCUCGAAC